UGGAAUAAGAUGGCAUAUAGUCUUCUGUUUCUUUUUUUCAAAGAGAUACAUUCCAGCCUAACUAGUUCACACAGUUUCGGUUCUGUCUCUGCACAAAAAUGUGGGAGUUCAAUGUCUUUCACCCCAAGCAGUACUUACGAUGCAAACCGUCGUCUCGUUCUCUCAACUCUUGCUUCCAACGUUAGUUCUCAAAACAACCGUUCUUACAACGUCUCGGUCGGUGAAGGAGCUGGAAGGAUCUAUGCCUUAGGUCUCUGCAUCCCAAGGACUGAUCCAAAGGUUUGUUCAGAUUGUAUUCGAGCCGCAUCAGAAGGUUUAAUAAAAAACUGUCCGAACCAAACCGACUCAUUCGACUGGAGAGGCGACAAGACACUCUGUUUCGUUCGUUACUCCAACAACUCGUUUUUCAAAAAGAUCGACCUAGAGCCGACAGUAACAAUUUUUAGUACUGCAAGGUUUCUCGGGAACGCCCCGGUCGAAGGCAACAAAACAUUUGCAAUUUAUAACAGAACAUGGGACGCGCUCAUGGACUUGAUGAUCACCCGAGUCGGUCAAUAUCGAUACAUGUCCGAUAUAUCCUCUCAAAUAGGUUCUUAUCGUAUAUACACUCUGAUGCAGUGUAUCCCGGGGAUAUCCUCUGAAGAUUGUGAAACCUGUAUUCGAGUAAGUGUCCAUGAUUAUCAAAGUUGCUGCAGUGAAUUCAUAGGUGGAGUCGUUGCCAAGCCAGUCUGCUUUUUCCGGUGGGAUCGUGAUGAGUAUUUUGGUGCCUUUGGUAACACGCAAUCGUUACCUCCUCAAGAAUCUCAAGCCACACCGUUAACAGAUGGAAAAAAUAAUUCUACAGGAGUUAUUGUAGGGAUUUGUGUCUCAGCGGCGAUACUCAUCGUGCUGCUAGCUUUAGGGUUAGGUAUUUGGAAGAGAAGGCAAUCGUACAAAAAAAUGAAACCUCAAACUGAUGAUGACAUGAUAAGUCCACAGUCUCUUCAAUUUGAUUUUGCAACAAUUGAAGCGGCAACAGAUAAAUUUUCGAUGAAUAAUAAGCUAGGUCAAGGCGGAUUUGGUGAAGUUUACAAGGGAAUAUUACCAAAUGAAACAGAAGUUGCGGUUAAGCAGCUAUCGAGAAAUUCAGGACAAGGCACACAAGAGUUCAAGAACGAAGUUGUGAUUGUGGCUAAGCUUCAACACAAGAAUCUUGUUAGGCUUCUUGGGUUCUGCGUAGAAAGAGAUGAAAAGAUACUAGUCUACGAGUUUGUUCCCAACAAGAGCCUUGAUUAUUUCCUCUUUGAUCCAAAAAAGAAAAGUCAACUCAAUUGGAAAGAACGAUACAACAUCAUAGGAGGGAUUACGCGAGGGCUUCUCUAUCUUCAUCAAGACUCACGCCUCACCAUCAUACACCGUGACAUCAAAGCAAGUAACAUUCUAUUAGAUGCUGAUAUGAAUCCUAAAAUAGCAGACUUCGGAAUGGCAAGGAAUUUUAGAGUGGACCAAACUGAAGACAAUACAGGAAGAGUUGUUGGAACCUUUGGUUACAUGCCUCCAGAGUAUGUAUUGCGUGGCCAAUUCUCUACUAAAUCUGAUGUUUAUAGCUUUGGAGUAUUGGUUCUUGAGAUUGUUUGUGGCAAGAAGAAUAGCAGCUUCUAUCAUAUAGACGAUUCAGGGGGAAAUUUGGUGACACAUGUUUGGAGACUUUGGAACAAUGAAUCACUCUUAGAUCUCAUCGACCCUGCGAUAAAGGAAAGCUACGAUAAUAAUGAAGUCAUUAGAUGUAUCCAUAUAGGAAUGUUGUGUGUUCAAGAAACUCCAGCAGAUCGUCCAGCCAUGUCGACAAUCUUUCAAAUGCUUACCAAUAGCUCCAUUACUCUACCUAUGCCUCGACCACCCGGAUUUUUCUUUAGGAACAAACCCAAUUCAGACCCUUUAAACUAUGGAUCCAAUUUGGGACAAUCCAGCAGCAUGUCUGUUCCUUUUUCUAGAGACAGUGAAUCAAUCACUAGACUAACUCCUCGUUGAAAUUCUUACU